GCCUACAUUUGCAUGUGGAGGAGUUGUUUCUGGAGAGUCAGGGUUUAUUGGGAGUGAAGGAUUUCCUGGAGUCUACCCUCCAAACAGCAAAUGUACUUGGAAAAUCACAGUCCCAGAAGGAAAAGUGGUGGUUCUUUCUUUUAGAUACUUAGACCUGGAAAGUGACAAUUUGUGCCGAUAUGAUUUUGUGGAUAUAUACAAUGGCCAUGCCAAUGGACAACGCAUCGGCAGGUUCUGUGGUACUGUGAAACCAGGUGCCCUCGUAUCUAACAGCAAUAAAAUGUUGGUGCAGAUGACUUCAGAUGCUAAUACUGCUGGAAGUGGAUUCAUUGCAAAGUUUUCUGCAGCAGAACCACAUGAAAGAGGGGAUCAGUACUGUGGGGGACGACUGGAGAAGCCAUCGGGGUCCUUCCAAACACCCAACUGGCCGGAGCGAGACUACCCAGCGGGAGUCACCUGCUCCUGGCACAUUGUCGCCCCGAAGAACCAGUAAAUCAAAUUAAGUUUUGAGAAGUUUGAUGUGGAGAGAGACAACUACUGCAGAUAUGACUACGUUGCAGUGUUUAAUGGUGGGGAAAUCAAUGAUGCUAAAAGAAUUGGGAAGUACUGCGGAGACAGUCCACCAGC